AUGGUGGAAGUCGACAGGUUGGUGAGGGAAGUGGAGGCCCGGACGGCCAACAUGAAGAGUGCAGAGGAAGGGCAGGAGGAAAGACUCCGUGUAGCGCGGCAGUUGUUGAAUGAGCUGGGGAACGUAGGAGCCGUUGGGGCGAUAAACCAGGAGGCCGGAGAGGCCGUGGAUGAAAGUAUGGCUGUUGAGGACAGCCGCCAGAGAGCUGAGAAGAAAAGGAAGAGGAAGGAGACUGUUCCUCCUCCCCCGAAGAAGAUGCGCCCCGCAUCCCGGGGCAUCGUUAUUGCUAAUAUAGACCAACCAGCCCCUCCACAACAAGGAGUUGAGGGCAGCAACACAGAGGAGAGAGAGCCCCGGUGGGCCUGUAUUUCCCGCAGGCAACAAAGAAGGCCUACAACACCCCCCGCUGCUGAACAUGCCAAACAAACUGUGGUGUUGACCACGGACCUCCUCCGGCAGAUGCUAGUGUUUGAAAACCCCAAGUGGAAUGAGGGGGUCCACCACAGGGUAACAGCCACAAAGCUGAUGAAGGCAGGCAAGAGACUCCACCAGCCAGCCCUGGAGACGAUCAGGGUUGAGGAGAAAUUUACCCAGUAUAUUACUGGGAUUGGUUUUGAAUGGCUGCUGGAGAUCGAGGAUACCUUCGUGCCCGAAGACCUGGCCAAGGAAUUCUUUACCUCCUUCCGAAAGUACAAAGUUGGAGGCCAAGCAGAGGUGCUUGAACGAUUGAGCGACGGGAAACUUCACUUCAUCUCGAAGGCUCGGAAGGAGAAGCGGGCAGAGCAACAAGAGACCAGGAGAGAAGAGCUGGAGGAGGCCAGACAUGAGAAACGGAGGAAGCCGACGGAUCGACCGGCAAGUCCCGACAGGCAGCUAAGGCAGAGGUUGGAGCUAUUGACCGUAGCAGAGCCAGAGGAGGCUGCACACGCUACCAAUGAAUGGAGGCUCCGCAUGGAGCAAAUGAUGAUGCAGCUAGUGGAGAAUUCACAAGCACAACUGGUUGCUCAAGCCAAGGUUCUGCAGGCUGUUCGCCAACUGACCCUCGCUAUGCAACCAACACCUCCCUCUACAAGCUCUCCUCCACCUCGGAGCCCGACAUCUUCCAGGCCACCUUCAGCAUCCCCAAAUCAACCUCACAGGAAACCCUAA